UGCAGACCAGUGCUGUUGUAGCAACACUCGUCCAGUGUUGCCAGUUCAUAGUGGCUUCGUCUUCUUAGUGAGAACGUAUUGUGAACUCUUUGGUAAACUCUCUGUGCUUGGACCGAAGUGUUUUGUGUGAUUUGUGACACGAUGAAGUUCUACAUAGUCUACCUGGCGCUGUGCUCCCUGACACACGCGGUGUACAUCAGCCGCAUGUCGUCUGUAAACCGGCUGCGGGCCCCCACGCCGUUCCGGCCCGGGCUGAACCUGCAGCGACCCUGGGGACACACCAGGCUAGUGCAGGCCGCCUCGCACAGGGCCCCCUAUGUACUUUAUAGAAAGUCCCCUCAAAGGUUUGCCGUAAAGCAUCUAGCUCCAUCAGCGACACGCAACAUGUUCGCGAGUGGGCCCUGGAAGACGACGGGUCGUCUCCCGCCCCUGGCCCCAGUCACCCCGGAGUACGAGUUCGUGAAGGCAGCUUCCUCGGCCCCGGUGGUGCACACUGACGGUGGUACAGGUGCGAUUCACACCAUACCAGCACCCAACCUCAGCCUGUCAGAGAAGCCGAUUGUGGUCAUCGAGACUUCAGAUAACCCUGUCUCCGAACAGCCUAGACCAACAUACGAAGUAACAGAAAAAUAUCCGGAGCCUGAAUACAGCGUCGCCAAAAUCGAAUCGCCCAUAGGAUUCUCAAAAACACAAUCCUUCACAACCCCGGAGCUGCAGACGCUGAUACGAAACGGCGCGGCCCUACAACUGGCGGCAGAAUACUCCCUGCCUGCCAUCAGCAUCAAUCAGCACCAGGCCAUACAACACAAAGCCGUGCAGCACCAAUAUCCGCUGCAGAGCGCUUUGCCAACACAGCAAGACUUGAUAAACACAGGAGCUGAAGGCUUAUUCAUACCACCAAACGCUUUAUACCAGCAAAAUCCGAUGUUCCUGCAGAAACUUCAAACCCAACUGCUUCAGCGUUUCCCUUCAGUGGAAUUCAUUCCUUAUGCAGCCGAAACGCCAAGCCAAACGCACAUACAGCCCGAAGCUUCACAGAUCCACGCACAAGUUGUACAUCCGCAAAUGUUUCACCCUCAAGUGGUGCACACGCAAGUUAUUCACCAACAAGAACUACAACCACAAAUGAUACUCCUUGAAAACGAACAAUUGGACGCGCCAUCAGUGCCACAACGUAAUGAGCCGAAGACGGUAGUGCAGAGAGAGGUACAAGAAAGUUCUGUAGUUACACUAGUUCCUCAGGCGUUUGUUGCACCCAAUACGACAGUAAAACAAGUGGCAGAAACACCACCUUCAGUGCCAGAAAAUAUAACAGUAGAACUAGUAGCAACUGAAACACAACCACCCACAACGACUGUGAAAUACAUCAUCGAAAGCAAUGCGGAACAGAAUACAACUCCCAUUUAUUAUGCACAGAUCGGUCAGAGUGUAGGCAGUGUUAUAGCAAACGGAUUCUACUCCGCUCUAAAUGAAGUCCGAGCGGCUGCAGCACUAGCUCAAGAAGAACAAUCCCCAGUCUAUAAAGCUCCCGAAAAUGUUACCAGUACAACUAACAGCCCAGAUUUGCAACAAUACUUUGUACAAAAUGAUGAAAAAACUGAGAACAAAACUGAAUUGAAACCACUUUUAGGGGUUCCAUUCUCAAAAUCAACAGAUUCUGUGAACGUGGCGUACACUUUAGUUAGGGCAGAUGAUAAUCCAACCAAAGUAAAUAAAGAAGGAGCCGUGUAUGCAGGACAAAUUGUCGAAGCUACUAUUACAGAGGAUCACGAUUUCAACAAAGAGAAGGCUAGUAUGAUUUCUCGAAGGGCACCUAUCAGACUGUUUGCAGUGAAUACUGAUGCAAAAAAUAUUGCCAGUUCAGCGAAUACGCUGCCAAAAGUAACUGUGGUAAAAGCAAAAAUUCCCCCAAAGAGCAAAUUAACAUUUGAUGACAAGACGGGAGAGCCAAUUUUGAGGAUAUACGCCAGUUAUGUUGACAAUCCAAAUCUGAAAGACGCAGUGGUAUCAAAACUUUCGAGUCUCAAACAAGUAAAAGACGCAGUAACCAGAAAAGAAACCGUUGACAACUGGAAGUCGUCGACUGUGAAGUCGGUUGACAAAACCCAAGGCUUCGACACCAACCAGGUGACGCAAUUCGGACUCAAGCUCAGAGAACGAAAUGAUUACUACGAACCUUUCUUCGAAGAUUAUGAAGACUUGUAGUUUAGAUUUUUUUAAUUUUUUUUUGUUGAGAAGUUCGAAUUUUAAUAAUAGGUAGCUCAUGCAAAAUAAUUUUGAAGUAAUAGAAGAUAGCAAUAUUGGUGCAUUUGAGAAAAUAGUAAAAAAUAAAAAAUAGCUAUUGUAAUAUUAGCGUUGUUUUCAAAGAGCAAAUUCUCAUUUCUCAUAAUGCCCAAAUAAAAAUAUUUUUUGGUGAUAAAUACACAUUCGAAGUAUACGAAGUUGACAAGAACUAGCACUAAAUAUACAUUUAUUUAUUACUAACUACCUACUGUCAACAAACAGUAUUCAAAUUAUUUAUUUAAAUUCAUAAAAAUGAGCUCAAAUUAUUUUUAGAUGAAAUAAUUCAUAUUGUGUAAACUCAUGUAAAUAUGCAUUUUUGUUUGAGUAAAGUAAUACUUACUAGUAAGUAGAUUGUAAUUAAUUGUAAGUAAAAAAUGGCCAUUUUAUCAGUUCUUUAACAAUAACAAUCAAAGAAAAGCGAAGAAGUGAUAAAAUCAACCAUUUAUUUAAAAGUUAAGUAAGGUAAGAAUAAUUGUUAUUUAUUUAUAUAAAUGCCAAAUUGUUAUUCAAAUUAAAACAAUGUAACUUUACAGUU